CUCUGAGGAACAAGCAGCUGAAAGAAAGCAAACAGAAAGAGAGAGAGAAAGAAACCAGGAAUCUUUUAGAUAAGGUGAAAGGAGGAGGAAAAGUAUCCGACAGCUGCAGAGAGGGAGGAGGCUAAAACAAAACAGAGCUGUAUAGAGGUGAAGGAUAGAGCGAGACAGAGUGGAAAGCGAUGUGAACAGAGGAGAGAAGGCUGCUGUUGAGUGAACAUCAAGAGUUGUGAACAUAUAUGCAGUAAAACAGAAGGGAGGGAUUUAUGAAGUGAAGUGAUCUGAAGUGGAGAUGAGUCUAACAGUGAUUCUGGCGGCUGUAGUGGGCUUCGGGGCUUUGUCUUCCUGUAACUCCGGCGAGAACACCACAGGACCAGCCAUCACAACAGCCGAUCUGUCUCAGGUGAGAGUGUUCAAUGAGGAGAUGGUCAGAGGACGAGGGGACACUCCUGACAUCAUAGAACCUGAACCCACCACUGCAGUCUCUGAAAUGGAGAGCACUUACAACUACAUCAUGUCUAGACUGGCAGCGAUGGAUCAGGCUAUCCACAGGCUCAAUGUGGGACAUUACACAUUGGACAUUAAAGUUACACAGCUGUUGGAAAGAAUGUCCCGACUUGAGAAUAGAUUAGGCGACACUGAGGAUGCCAUUCAAGAAGUCUCGUCCUACUGCAAGCACAAUCGCAAAGAGAUCGGACGACUAGAGGGCUGCCAGAAAGGCCGUAAAAUGGGUUACAAAUGCUUCCUGGCAUACCGUGUGUAUGAGACCUACACAGAUGCAUCCCAGAAGUGUCAGGAGCGGGGAGGACGCAUGGCUAUGCCACGAGAUCGCAAGGAGCAGGAAGCUUUGGCUGAAUAUGUGAAAUCAGUAUUCCACGGAAACUGGCCGGUGUGGCUUGGGAUCAAUGACGAGCGCUCUGAGGGCCUCUACCUGUUUGAGGACACAACUCGUGUCACUUACUUCCAGUGGAGGAAGCACUUCCUGUCAAGCCAGCCAGACGGUGGGAAGCGAGAGAACUGUGUAGCCAUGUCUUCAGAUGACGGAGACUGGUGGGACACCUACUGUGAAAGACGCAUGUAUUAUCUGUGCGAGUUUGAUGCUUGAUUCUCUCUUAAAUGGCUUUUUUUUUUAAAUAUAUAUAUCUAGAGCAGCUAUUAACUGUUUUAUAAACAGUUGUUGCACAGGUAAAAUUAGGGCCAGUAAAUUUAAUGGUCCUAUGAAAUGGUUUUAUAAAUGCAAUUUUCUUUCCUUAUAACAUUGUUCCUAUUGAAACAGGAAGUUGGAGCAGGACUCUAUAAACGAUUAUUUUGCUUCCAGAAUAAAAAAUAGGGAUAAUUUACUCACCCCCAUGUCAUCCAAGAUCUUUCUUCAGUUGAAAAUAAAUGUAGGUUUUUGAGGAAAACAUGCCAGGAUUUUUCUCCAUAUAGUGCACUUCAACGGGGACCAACGGGUUGAAGGUCCAAACUGUAGUUUCAGUGCAGCUUCGAAGGGCUCUACAUCAGUGGUUCUCAAACUGGGGUACAUGAGGUGACGGAGGGGGGUACGCAAACAAAAUGUUGAGGUUUCAUUGAAUUCUAACCUAAUUUGAAGUAACAUUAAAACCGAACACGUAUUUCUGUCAAGCAAAAUGCUGCUUCUAAUGUAAAAACAGGAAAAUGGGAGUGCCGUAAAUGGUCAAAUACAGACAUCCAAUCAGCUUACCUCAUCUUCUGUAGUCAAAACUGACUGCAUCCACACAAGCAGCGUGCAUGCGAUAGGAUGGCUGCUGAAUACGUUGCUUUAGCAAAUCGCGCUGCUGUUCAAUGCAUCUUUAUUGGAGACCUUCACUAAAUAGCACGAAUAGCAAAUAUUGACAUGGACUGAGAUCGAUUUAAACUCUCUUCGAUACAGACACACUCGGUGCGUGUUAUUGUUUUCAUGUUUAAGAUACGACUAAGAAUGCAAAUUUCAUGAAUAUCCAAACGAUGGCAAAUGUGCAAUUCAUUUUUUUAAACGGUUCAACAACAAAAAAAGAGGUAAUAUUAAGUGAACAUUUUAAAUUUUAAAUGUAGCCUACAUUUUAAAGGGGGGGUGAAAUGCUCGUUUUCACUCAAUAUCCUGUUAAUCUUGAGUACCUAUAGAGUAGUACUGCAUCCUUCAUAACUCCAAAAAGUCUUUAGUUUUAUUAUAUGUAUAAGAGAAAGAUAGUCUGUACCGAAUUUUCCCGGAAAAACACGACCGGCUGGAGGCGUGACAUGUGGGCGGAGCUAAAGAAUCACGAGCGCGAGUAAGCUUUUGCGUUGAGAACGUUUGGAAGCUGUGACAUUACCAUGAGGACAAAACAAACCAAAACAAACCAUGGCUAACAGUCAGAUUCAGCGUAUAUUUAUGAUCCAGAAUCAGAUCCAGAGGCUGAAAUUUAACAAGAGCAGCAUCAGCAUCAGCAUACCACAUGUCUCUAUGUGGUAUGUACUGAAACUGUAUAUAUUUGCUUAGCGGUUUUGGAAAAUGACUAAGUUCCACUUUGUCGUCUUUUUUUGUAUUCUUUUUUUUAAGCUGUACAUGUGGAAAGUGCAGUUGAUGAAAACAUUGCAUGUUGUUUACUUGAUGUGCUUACGCGCCGAUAGCUAAGUUAACAACACAGAGAUAUUUGAAGCAGUUUUACUCACCCCCUGCGGUUCCAACACACGAUCUUGACCCUUUUUCGUUGGGACUGCAUUAUCCUUAAGAGAUAAAUGAUAUGCAAAUCCGGCGUCAAACUGGACCUUGUUUGUAAAACAAGCAUCUUCGAAAUGAAGGGAACAAACACAAACACUUGCACAACUCCGUUGAUGCUCUGUAAAAAUAAACUCCAUCCACUGGUCCCUUAAUGCUGUUUUUUUGGUAAUCUGUGCAGGGUUGUCUUGCCCUGGCAACCAAAAGCACACUACUUUUGUGACUUUUCGUGACGCUCUCGCUCUGAUCAGUGAAGUCUGUUGUGCUCUCAGUGCUCUGCUAUAUGGGAGCGCGCACUCUUCCGGCAGAAGUGCCCUCAGGACCCAUAUAAGGAAAUUCCGCUCCAUCUAACGUCACACAGAGCCAUACUCGAAAAAAACUUUCCGAAACUUGUGACAAACCGGAAGGAGUAUUUUUGAAACAGAAAUACUCCUUCAAACUUAAUUUUUGAAACUUUGUCCAUGUGUAGCAUGGGAAUCCAACUCUUUAACAGUGUAAAAAAACUCAGUAUGCAUGAAAUAGCAUUUCACCCCCCCUUUAAACUGAAUAUUGUCAUGUUUGUUCUAUUUUGCAGCGGAAUAAUAGUUCCAACGAAAUCCGUAUCAUUCUCCAAGCAACAUACAGCGGUAUUUCAUUUGUGAACAAAUCUGUGGCUUAGUAAGAUUUGGAGAGUCAGUGAUUAAUAACCCAUUCAUAGCUACAGCAUUUUGCUUCGUUACUGAAUGAAUGAUUGAAUGACGCGACGCCUGGCUCAUUAAGACAGCGACUUGCCGCCACCUAUUGGUGGUUUUAUUUUUAAAUCUACAAGUAUCACUUUGAUUUGCCAUCAUUUAUUACUUUAGUUAUUAUAUUAAUAAUACACUUAAUGCAAUGUUAAGAAUACGACAUAAAACAUGAAAUACAAUUAAUAAGGAUAGAAAACAGUUGCCUCUAUAAAAGGUUAAAAUUCACCUGUAAAUCAAUUAUUUUUCCUUUAAUAUAAGUUGAAUGUUAAAUGCUCCAGGGGAUAUGACGCUGUAAAAAUAAGGCUCUUAUCUAGCGAAACAAACAAACAAUGUGACGUAGCCAGUACCGAAGUAUUACUCAACUCCAUCAAAAUUUUCCUCUCCGACUGAAAUAGUCUAACAUCGUUGCUUUAACUUUUUUUUGUAAAAGGUGUUUGAUUUAGUCUUUGGGCAUUCACUUUAUAAAAACUGGGUCUUUCCACCUACUUCACGUGUGACAUUUUCCAACAUGACAUGAACAUCUUGUUUGACAUGGGGUGAGUAAAUUAUCAGGAAAUAUUUAUUCUGAACUAAUCUUUUAACUCCCUGUCCCUUUAAAUCCCACAGCAAUUUCACUGGUUGAGACUCAUUUUAUUAUAGCUAUAAAUAAUUUGACCCUGUAUUCAUGAAAAUGUUAAUGCCUUUUGAAUUACAUAUUGCAUUCAUGAAUCAUGUUAUAUAGCAAAUGAAGUAGUUAGCCUACUAGCUCCAGAUAGCACAUUUGAACAGACUUUGAGGAAGGGCGAUAGGAUUCUCCUCUGGAUCGUAUAUUGUAGGGUGUAAGAGAAAUACUGUAUAUUUUAAAAAACAUAUAUCUGCUGAAAGUGAACAAACUUUACAAAAAAUACAACAUCCUAUACUCUAGAUGGCUAAUAAAUGCCACAAAACUCCAAUAUUCAUGGGAUCUAAAGUCAGUGCUGGAAACAUUUGUGAUAACAAAGGUUUGAAGAUCAUGGACAAAUGAAAACAUACUGAAAUUUAAUAAAUUUAAUCUUUUUGAUGUUUAA